AUGGCAGCAGCAACAGCUUCACCGCACCGACCGCGUGAACAUGGCCUAACAGCAGGAGAUUGGCCAGAUGAGCACCUCAGUCCCAGGCGUCGCUCGGUUGGUGGCGGCCAUGCGCAUCUUCGAGAACAGGGAUUAGAUACUGGUGUGCGGGUGAUGGAUGAUGGACGACUGGAUAUCAAGUUUCGCGAACAUAAGCCCUGGCUUCUCAACCUGAUUAAGCAUCUUGAACGGCAACCGAAGCCCUUGCCCGGAGAACGAAGACCGUCGGUUAUGUCCAUGGAAGGACAGGACAAGUUUCCCUUGCGUUUGAACAUCGUUAUCCACGUAGUGGGCUCUCGCGGUGAUGUACAACCAUUCGUUGCGUUGGGAAAAGAGCUACAGAAACAUGGACACCGGGUUCGGCUGGCUACACAUCUUGCGUUUCGUGAAUAUAUCAAUGAAACGGGACUGGAAUUUUUCAGCAUUGGAGGUGACCCCGCAGAGUUGAUGGCGUUCAUGGUAAAUAACCCCGGUUUGAUGCCGGAUAUGCGGACAAUUCGCAGCGGUGCGAUUCCCAAGCGCCGUCGUGAAAUGAAGGCUAUUUUCUCCGGGUGCUGGCGCUCAUGCUUCGAGACUGGGGAUGGGACGGGUAUGCAUCAUAUCAAGGAGGAUCCAUGGAGUGAUGCUCCAGAUUGCAAUACCCAGCCAUUUGUCGCGGACGUUAUUAUUGCGAAUCCACCUAGCUUUGCGCAUUUGAGUUGUGCAGAGAAACUAGGAAUUCCGGUGAAUAUGAUGUUUACGAUGCCAUGGUCGGCGACGCAGUCAUUUCCACACCCAUUGGCCAAUAUCCGAGCGCGUAAUACAAAGCCAUCCGUUGCGAAUUUCGCAUCAUAUGCUAUUGUGGAGGUGAUGUUAUGGGAAGGUCUUGGAGACCUUAUAAAUCGGUUUCGCAAGAGGGAGCUGGGCUUGGAUCCCUUGGACGCCAUCCGGGCACCCAGUAUCGCACAUCGGUUGCAAAUACCAUAUACGUACCUUUGGUCUCCAUCUCUCCUCCCCAAACCUCAGGACUGGGGAGACAACAUCGAUGUCUGCGGGUUUCAGUUCCUUGAGAGCGACACGAACUACAAGCCACCCGACGAUCUCGAUGCAUUUCUCAAAGCUGGUGACCCCCCGGUGUAUAUCGGGUUUGGUUCCAUUGUAGUCGACAAUCCUGCGAAGUUGACAGAAAUUGUGUUCGAGGCCAUUCGCCUUACAGGAAAGCGAGCACUGGUGUCUAAGGGAUGGGGCAAUAUCGGAGAAGGAAGAGCUGAAGUUCCCAAGGAUGUCAUGCUCUUGGGGAAGGUUCCGCACGACUGGCUCUUCCAGCAUGUUUCAUGUGUCGUUCACCAUGGUGGUGCAGGCACCACUGCUGCCGGGCUGGUCCUGGGUCGUCCAACGGUAAUUGUGCCCUUUUUCGGCGAUCAGCCAUUCUGGGGAUCGAUCGUGGCACGCGCAGGUGCUGGGCCACAACCCGUGCCAUAUAAACAAUUGACCGCGGAGAAACUAGCAGAAGCGAUCAACAAAGCUCUAGAGCCGUCUACACUAGAAAAGGCCGAGGAGAUAGGCAAAGGUAUGCGGACAGAAAGGGGCGUGCAAAAUGCCGUAUGCAGUUUUCAUCAACAUCUGGAUUUGCGUAGCCUGCGGUGCGCUAUAUGUCCUACGCGUCCGGCGGUAUGGUGGCAUAAACAUCUGCACAUCAAAUUGAGUGCCUUUGCGGCAGCGGUUCUAGUAGAGGCUGGGAUUGUGGAUCCGCAUCACUUUGAAUUUCGUCAAGACAGACCUGAGGGCGAUAAUAGAUCAUCCAUAUCAGAAUCCGACAUUGACUCCGAGAGUGACAGUGACUACGCUUCAGCCGAGGAAGAACAGUCGGACAGCAGUAGCACAAAUACGGUUGUUGAUGACUCCGAUGAGGCUGCGAAUGAACUAGACCUUGAGCGCACACUGACCCGAAAACGAGCUAAAGAACAGAAGACUGGGGCGCAAGAGAUUCUAGCAGAAACAGGCUACCAUACCUCUAAGUUCGCCAAGCAAGUGCUUAAUUUUGCGAUCAUGCUACCCACCGAUUUGACCCUUAGCUUAGCCAAGGGUUUCCAUAACGCGCCAAAAUUGUAUCAUGACACCACGGUACAAAGGAUUCCGAGAGUCCGCAAUGUGAAAAGUGGCUUUCGAGCAGCUGGGACAGAAUUCACAGAAGGAUUCUACUACGGCAUUACCGGCCUUCUUACGCAGCCUGCUCGGGGUUUUCAGAAGUCCGGUGGUAGGGGCUUGGUAAAGGGAGUUGGAAAGGGGGUGGGUGGAGUGUUUUUUAAGCCAGCUGCAGGCAUCUGGGGACUAGCAGGCUUCCCGCUGGACGGACUGCACAAGAGCCUUCGCAAUUCCCUAACGAAGAAUAAGACGAAGUACAUCCUACGGUCGCGACUAGAACAAGGUAUCCAGGAGAUGUGUGCCGCAUCAAUGGAGGAGAGAGCCAUUGUGAUGAAGAAAUGGCGUGAGCUGGAAAAGAACCAUCCUCAGAAUCAAAAUGGUCACGCUCAUUAG